UUUAUUAGUGGGCAAACCAACAAAAUCAGCAAGGGAUCAAAUACUUAUUCUCCUCACUGUAGGUGGUUCCCAUUCCAUUUAAUGAGUUAAACACAAGAAACAUUGCCUACAAUUCUGUAGCUUAAUGGGAGCCAAUGCAGCGAUCUCAAAUUUGCUAAUGUGGUCAAACUUCCUUGUUUUUGUAAGAAACCUUGCUGCUGCAUUUUGGAUUAGUUUAAGCUGUUUGAUGGUCUUUUUGGGGAGGCCUGUAAAAAGACUAUUACAGUAAUUAACCCUAUUAGAAAUGCAUGGCAUGAAUUAGCUGGCAUGAAGGCAUGUAUUAGCUUCUCCAGAUCAUGUUUUGACAUAAGGCCUCCAAAUGUUUUACCUCCAACGUUUUUUACAUGGCAACAUGCAGACUUAGUAAUGGCUUUCAUAAAGUUUAGGUCGCUGUCAAUGAAGACACCAAUAUUUUUAACUGAUUAUUGGGAGCCAGGGAGUGAUGUGUUGCCACCGCUUUGUGCAAGAUAUAAUUCUGGCAGCUGAAUUCUGAACAUACUGUGGUCAGUCCAAGACAUUGUUGAGUAGGCCAUACAGUACCCCAUGUCAGUAGUCCAGCCGGGAAGUAAUGAAAGCAUGGAUAAGUGUGUUUCAGUCACAGAGUCGGAGAGUGAGGGCCGGAGUCUGGAAAUGUUCUUGAGAUGGAAAAAGGCUGAUUUGGUGAUGUUUUUGAUGUGAGACUGGAAUGAGAGGGUAGGGUCAAAGAUGACACCUAGGUUUCGCACUUCUGAGGAUGGCCUGAUGGUUUAGCCAUCCGCAUCCAGGGACAGAUCACCAACCUCCUUGGCAUAGGAUGGGGGUACACUGCAAUGAUCUCUGUUUUGUCAUUGUUGCAUUUGAGUAGGUUUGCAGCCAUCCAUGUUUUAACGUUACGCAGGCGGUUGAUGAGUGGUGGAGGUGGGAGUGGAACAGAGGACUUAAUGCUGAUUUACAGUAUAUUUGGGUAUCGUCUGCAUAGCUGUGAAAGUUGAGACCAUGGUGACGGAUAAUAUUGCCAAGAGGGAGCAUGUAGAUGGAGAAUAAGAGGGGGCCAAGCACGGAUCCUUGGGGCACGCCGUGGUUGCCUGGGGCUAUUGUGGAAUUCGCAUCCUUGAUUGUGACAUAUUGUGUCCUUCCAGUGAGAUAGGAAUUGAACCAGGCAAGUGCAGAGUCGGUGAGGCCAAGGUUAUCAUGGAGGCUGAUCAGGAGGAUGGCAUUGGAGACAGUGUCAAAGGCUUAAAGGGGUAAUCUGGUGUAAAAUGGCUUAAAUGGUGUUAAAACAUGAUGCUGAGGGCUAAAGGUCAGAUUAGACUUCUGCAACUGCGCUCGUCAAAACUCGCAUGAGAGUGGCCACGAACCAACAUUGUAUUCAUGCAUCUGCGAGUUCUGCGAGGUCUGAGGUCUCGUCGCGAGCCACAUUUGAAAUUGCGCGAUUACUUUCACUACAUUGUAAGCACUGCGGUCAUUAUUAAGCAAUGUUGCUUUCUAUCCUGGUUAGCAAGGUAUUUUCACACAAAUUACAAAGGCAAUGCACUGGUAUCAUUAUUUGACAUACCCAGUCUGUUUUCACGAGCAGAGAUAUGCAAGCAUGUAAAGACAGUUGAUUCUACCGAUGUGUGUUUACAUUCGGUGGAGGAACGGUAGUAAAACCGCAGGCAUUAUGCCACGAGUGUUCAACUGAUGCAUUGUUUGUUAGCUUGUAGCUUCGUGUAUUUACACACAUUUACACACAUUAAUAAAGUUUUUAACAGAAUACAGCUCUGCUCUCGCAAACUACUGGCAUUGCGCUGCCACAAGAACAGAACAAGGAAGUAGCGAGACGACCAAUCAUAGCGCCUUUUUGUCUGCGUACUCCGCGUCCGUCCGACGGAUAGUUAGAAUUUUUUCGAGGCGCUCGACGACGGGCGCAGAGCCUCUGAGAGGGGGGCGUGGACUCGCAUAGACAGAAAACGGACGGACGCAGAUUCUAUGCGUCCGAAGCAUAAAUCUAGCUUAAGUCUGGGGACAUACCUGAACUUCAGUCGUGCCUUGCAUUGAGAAAUCCAGCGCAGGUUAGCUGAUGCUAACAUUGGCCUUUGCUGUGGUUCACCAGGGCAUAGAACUAGCCAUCGUUAUGAAUCUCUACUUCCCACCCAUUUACAACGCUCAAAGUUGCCCAAAACUUCAUUCUGUAGAGUCGCAGGGUUGUUGCGCUAAGUAGCGCUCAGCAUCACGUGUUAACACUACGUAAGCCAUUUCAAACCGGAUUUCUCCUUUAAGAUUCGACUUCACCGUAGCAAAUUGGGCCAAAUCAUGGGCCGAUUGCACCUGUGUGAGUAUGUUUGUACGUAUUUUUUCAAUCUUUCCUUUGAAAAAGAAUGCAAACUCAUUGCAUUUGCUGACUGAGAGGAACUCAGAGGGCAUUUGAUUUGGAGGAUUUAUUAGUUUUUCAACAGUGCCAAAUAGGACGUGUGCAUCAUUAAUAUUUCUACUAGAAAAGAAAUUUCUUGGUUGCAUUUUCGAGAGCAUGUGUUUAUAGAUUUGGUAGUGGACUUCAAGUUUGGAUUCACGCCACUCUCUUUCAGCCCUCCUACAUUCUUGCUUUGGCAAUUUAACUGUGGGAUUCAUUCUCCAAGAUGCUUUUUGAUGUCCCACUGUAUUGAUUUUUACAGGGGCAAUAACGUCCAUAAUAUGGGUCAACCUUGAAUUGAAAUUAACCAUGAGAUCAACUGCACUCUCUGAAGUUUGACUUUGGGUAUACGAGAGUGCCUGCUGAAAGAGUGCUGCUGUCUCAUCAUUGAUGACUCUCUUUUUGACCGUAACAGAUUCCUUUUGAACAUGAGGGUACCUUGGUCAAAAAAGGUACUGCAACUAUGCUGCUCAUUGACACUUGGCUGCCUAUUGCCAAAUUUGAUCUUUACAUGAAAGUUUACUAAGUAAUAAACAAAUAUUUUCUAGUAUGGUCCAAGUACAGUCAUUUUUGCAGCUAAAACUGGCUAUUUUUGGACAUUCAAAAUGGCGGACCAUGGAGAAGAUCAUCCUUUUCGUGUAUGAAAAGUGCAAUUUUUCCAGUCAUAAUGAAUACUUAGAACUUGAUGGUGGUGGUAAGUAUUCAUGAAAAAGGUAACAUUAGUGAAUGGGCAGCAUGAAUUCUGGAAAUAAACAACUAAAAAUCUCACACAGUGUCCCUUUAACGUGGUUGGUGGUUUUCCAGAGUCACUAGCCAUUUAGGUAUUCCACUAGCCACAGAUUUUAUAUUGUUUUUUUUCUUUAUCAUGAUAGUGUUGGACUAACCUCAGAAGAUAGGGGGUGCAUCCCAAUAUGUGUCCUUGCCUCCUCCACUUGUGCUUGUCUCCUCGUCCCGCCUCCUGGCCCCUCCUCCGUGGAGAAAACGAUAAAGUUUCCCAGCUGUCAGCCUCGCCACAACAACUUUUGAGGGACUGUUUUUCAUUCACCAUCCCAAUUGCAAAUGAGAAAAAGACUUUACAAUUGAGCUUUUGCAAGAUAUUGAAAUAUAAUGCUGUUGUCAGUGAUGUCAUCAUGACGAGAAGCAAGUGGAGGAGGCAAGUGGAGGAGGCAAGGUCCCAUAUUGGGAUGCACCUAAGGUGGUAAAGCAAGAUCAGUGUAUAGCUUUCUACGUGGAAGAAUAUCAAGCAAAUAGAAACUAAGUUACAGAGAUUUUUCUUGAACUUAAAUACAAACAAUACGAUACACAAGGGGCAAACAAAACAAUAUAGGCUACUCUGAUGCGUAUGUCAUACCAAGGAAUAAGCUGCCAGUCAAAUUGGCUAGUGACACUAAAAGUAUUACUAGCCACUGCCAAAUUUCACCAGCAUUUGGCCAGUUGUCUGGUGCCAGUGUCAAGCCCAUGAGGGUACAUAGAAACAUGAGGAAAAAAAACACAAUAAUGAUCUGAAUAACUAAAAUCUUUGACAGUAGCACAAGCGUUAAGACCCUUUGUUAUGACUACGUAAGUCUAGAGUGUGACCUUGAUUGUGUGUUGGUCCUCUUGCGUGCUGUGUAAGGCUAAAAAUAUCAAUAAGACUGACAAAUUCCUUAGCAUAGGCAUUCUCUAAGCCAGUGUUUCCCAACCAGGGGUACGUGUACCACUAGGGGUACGCGAGCACACUGCAGGGGGUACUUGGAAAAAUAAGUAAUUUUUAAAAAUGCAUGGAGCAUAGUCGCACUGGAAUAGAAAAGUGAUGUAAAGCAUGAAUUAGGGGGUACCCAUGUCACAACGGAAAGGCUAAGGGGUACAUGAGACAAAAAAGGUUGGGAAACACUGCUCUAAGCGAUCACCAUGUACAGUAAGUCAAAAUCUCCUGAUACAAUCGCGCUUUCAUACCCCAGACAAACAUUCGAUAACAGCUCCCCAAACUCCUCCAAGAAGAGUGGUGCAGAACGUCUUGGAGGAGAUGCACACUGGGGGACUGGGAUACUCGAAUAACACCUCUUCUUGGGGGAAUAUUCAUGUUGAUUUUGCUAAAUGAAUUAUUUGUCCAUUGUUUCUGCUAGGGAUCUGAUUGGCAGUGUAAAAGAGGACAUAUGAAUAUGUUGUGGUUGACAUUGGCAUUAUGAUGUUUCUGUCAUUAGCGACCAUGGCCACCACCUCAGCUCCACACAACGCUGGUGACAUGGUGGUAGUCACCCAUGCGAGGGCUGCGGGGGUAUACCGGUACUUUACUCCCCUGGUAGCAGCCCAGUGUCCUACCAUUAGAGACAUAGUAGGGCCAUUAAAAUGUCAUCUUAACUGUUAUUACUAUCUUCUGUCAUCAGCAUCAGCGACCAUGGCCACCACCUCAGCUCCACACAACUCUGGUGGCAUGGUGGUAGUCACCCAUGUGUACCCCCAGCAAGGAGCCCAAGGCAGUGGCUUACCCCAGACUGGAGCUGCUCCAGCACCCUCCUCUCGGCUUCAGAAGUUCCUGAAAGGGGAACCGUCUAUCCUGGGCGCUAUCCAGAUAAUGAUAGGAGUAGUCUUUUGCCUGUUUGCCACCUUCGGUGUAUUUCCUUCGUCCAUUCACGGCUGGAUCAAUUAUUUGGGAUUCACAAUUUACAUCACAGCUGGGUCUCUCACAGUGGGGGCUUACAAGAAACCUGGCAUCUGUAUGGUCAAAGCAGCCCUGGGGGUGAACAUUGUCAGCUCCAUAACGUCUGGGCUGGCCAUCAUUUUCCUCAGCCUUGACUUCAUACUUUACCUUGGAGAUUCACCGAGCAAACUGGUUGGCGUGAUACUGGUGCUGUCAAUACUGCAGUUCAUCCUCUCCAUCUGUGUGUCGGCUUUUGGCUGCAAAGCCACCUGCUCAGAUGAAACUCAGCCGGUCAUGUACAUUACCAACCAGAUCCCUGCCUCUCUUCUGACCUCCCCACCAUCUACUGACCCUCUCAACACAGCUGAGAUGCCACUUCUGCCACCCAGUGUGCUGGCACCUGCUCAUGACGGCAAUGCUGAGAGUGCCCCUACUGGCCAAUUUGAAGACCUGCCGCCAAAGUACAGCCUUGCCUAGGAGGACAUAGCUGAUGAGGGAUGACCCAUGUAUUCAUACAUACUGCUGGUUUUGAUGAGGGAUGAAUACAUUCAAUAGGAAAAGGGAACAAAUAUCCACACCGCAGAAGCUCCCCUUGCUGUGAUUAAUUAGAGACGAAAUGGCAAUGUUUCGACCUGCAAGGUGUUUGUCAGUUGCCUGAGCAACAAACAGUGGGCAGGUCUACAUAUAGAAAAUGGAAGGGGCGGCCCUAUCGUGGUUUAAUGGUAGGGCACUCGUCUACUACUCGGCCAACCCGGGUUUGAUUCUUGGCCCGGGUCCUUUGCCAGCUCUUUCCCGUCUCUCUCUCCCAACUUGCUUCCUGGCCACAUAUAAAAACACCAAUAAAGGCUUGUGAAGGCCCCCCAAAAAGACAAGAAACUUUAAAAGAAAAGAAAAUGUAAGAGGCAGAGCCUCAGACAUCAAUCACUGAUACAUCACCAUAUACUCACCAUAAGCCACUCUGCAGAGCUUCCAAUUAACUACAAUGGUAACGUUUGUUAACUUUAAACCGAUAUUAUAUAUACAGAUUAGAGACCAUAACUGUGCCCACUGUUUGUUGCUCAGAGACACCCGAUGAAGACCUUGCAGGAAAAAACAUUGUUCAAUGUUUCCCUUAAUCACAGCAAGUGAGGUUUUUGGUCCACUUACAGUACAGUGGUCUGAGUUUGGUUAUCUUAAAGGGGGCUGUAUGUAAAAAAAAACCCUGGGGUGCAUUUCUCAUAACCAUAGUUGUUAAAUAGGUAUAUUAGCUUGUUUGUUGGUUGCAAUGCAAAUUUCCCAUAGCAACUACCCAAGUUGCUAACUGGCUAGCAAAUAUGGUUUUGAGAAACACAACCCUGUAUGACACUUACUGGAUGUCACCCAGGUGGAAAAGUGGUUCAAUUUAGUACAAUAAAAGCACAACUGAAGUGUACUUAGCAUGUUAAAAGCGCACUCACACUUUUUGUGCUAAGAAAAAGUAUGUUUACAAUAUGCUUAUUUAAAGUGUACUUAAAAUUAGAUGUAAUUAAGCUGCUCUCAAAGAAAGUACACUUUGCGAACCAUACAUAAAGUGCACUUAGAAGAUGUUUGGCUAAAGUGUAUUUAGAGGAAUAUACUAAUAGUGUUCUAAUAGUGAACUUACUAAAAGUGUAUUUUUUUAAUAACAUAUUGCAAUUGCACUUUUUUUAAGUGCACUUUGAUUAUACUUCACCCAAGUGACUUCGAAGUGUGAUUUUCUAUAGUGCGCUUUAAAGUAAAUCACUUUAACAUAUUGGAAGUAUACUUUUUCUAAGUGCACCAUGAUUGUGCUUCAUCCAAAUAUAUUCAAAGUGUGCUUACACAAAGUGCAUUUACCCAUCAUGCAUCAUCAUGCAUGUACCAUCAUGUAAUGCACUUCUUGGAGCUCAAUUUCUCAAACAGAAAGCCAUUGACCUCUAAGGAAUAUCUUUGGUUUGCAUGAAAAUAUUACUCAUUGUUAUAUUCUGCGUUUAUUGUAGGAGUUUUAAAAUUUUAAAGUGGUACACAAAAAAUGACCAUGUUCCCACCGUCAUUAUGAUGGUCACGUAUAUGUUCUGGUAUAUAUAGGCUCACACUUCCCAUGACAUCAUGGUGACAGGUAAGUUGGAACUAGUUGUUCAAACAAAGAAUCAAGUGUCACCAUUAGUGAUCAAUUCAAAUGAUCAAUUGCAGGAAGGUGGAACAAGAAUGAAAUAAAGUGAAAUGUGUAUCUGAAAUCUCUGUAACAAUGCAAUGAUUGUAAAGGUCAGUCAUGCUAGGCAUGCAUACUGUAUCACUACUGUGACAUGUGGCUGUGUGUAAUGUACAAGCUCUGAGGACCAGCAAGGAUUGUACUAUUACAUUUAUAUUAUUUCAUGUACUUGGGAGUGUACUGUAAAUAUACUUCAAGCAUACCUGUUAUAUAUUUACAAUACUUAAUAUGAUAUACUUUUUACAGACUUAAAAUGUUCCAAUGUAGUCCAAAGAAGCAUGAAGUUAAUAUACUUUUAUUGUACUUCUAGUAACAAUAAAAUGUUAUAGAAGUGUACUCAAGCACACUAUUAAUGCCAUACGAAUGCAUGAAAAGCGUGUUUGGAGCAUACUUUCAAAAGUAUGCUUGUAGUGCACUUAAAGUUGUCCAAAAGCGGUGCCAAUUUAGCAUCCUCAGUGUGCUGCAAGUGUGCUGAAGUACUGCUUUAGUAGUGCUUCAGCGCACUAAUAGUGCAAUGAAGCGCACUUUAAAUCGCCGAAAAUAGUACACUUUGUACUAAGUACGGUCAAAAAAAGUACACUUUAAGUAUAUGUGUUUUUCACCUGGGCAGAUAGUGCACUUGUACACUUCUGUAUUCAUGUUUCAGUGCGUAUGUCGUGUUA